AUGGAUUAUUAUGAUGAAAAUAAUGAGCAUUAUGAAGAAGUAGAGGAUGAAAACUUGGAUGACGACGAAGACGAGGAAGGAGAUGCGUGGGAUGACAGCGCAUUAAUAGCCGCUUGGGAUCUCGCUGUGAAGGAAUUUCAGGCAACUAGUCGUAUUGAAGUCCUUGAAGAUUUUCAUAGUAUCAAAGCAAGCACCAGCAAAUCAAGUGCGGAAAAUGACAUUUCCGACACAACGCCUGCUGCUUCAGAAAACUUGAAUAAAAUGGAGAGGUUAGUUAAUAUAACCAAAGAGAACACGUUUGAAAGUUUCGUACAACCAGAUACAUUUGACGAAAAUGAAGAUGCCUCCACAUCUGAAUUUGUUAAGAAAGAUAUAGUCAAUGAACAAAUACGAAAAUUUCACGAAUCGCCUGAACGAAAGUCUAAACCGUCUAAACCUCAACCGGAUAACGAUGCCAAUCCUACAUCCCAUACGAAUGUUCAUGAUUCGUUUUACAGUGGAGAUCAUUCACAUGGUACUUAUUAUCCCGAUUAUUAUACGCCGCCACCACCACCACCAGGAGGUCCACAUCAUCAAUUUUAUCCACCAUAUCCUCAGCCUACCGAUCCUAAUAUUCCACCAAAGGCACCAGUUCCAAUACCUGGAUUUGAUGAUGAAGCAUUGUCCAACUUAAUAAUGGCAUGGUAUUAUUCUGGGUAUUAUACAGGACUUUAUCAGGGACGAAAGGGAAGGUGA